AUGACCGCAAUCACUUCUGCUGUGAUCGGAAAGCCACCCGUCCCAGUGUCGUCUGUCGAGACGCCUUGUCCGAGGGCGAUAGAAGCGCUGCGGGCUCAGCUGGAAGAGGCAAUGAAGAGAAUUGAGGAUCUCGAGCGUACGGUGAAGACGAAAGAGGAGAAGUACGACAAUCUUCUCGAGCACACCGUCAAGUUGGAGGCUGAAGGGGCUGUCCUCACGGAGCAGAACAGCAGGCUGACUGCCAAAGUCGACGGGUUUAGGGCAGCCAGGGAAAGCGCGGAAAGGCAGCGCGCUGAAGCUGUGAAGCUGAGGGAGCAGUGGAAGGGGGAGUACACGAAGCUGAAGGACGCGAGCGAUCGCGAAGUUAGCGUUCUGAAAAGCAGUGUCAAGGGCUAUGCGCAAGCACGGAAGGAGCUCGAGACAUCGCAAAAGACGAUCGAGGAGCUCACCCGUGAGUUACAGCAUCUACAGACCGCUUACAGCAACAAGGAAUCGCUGCUUACCACCCGCUCCGUCGAGCUCCGCGCCGCACAGGUGUUCCUCAAUAAGAGCGACACCGUCUCGCACGGCGACGUGCAGCGCAUGCUGGAGCACCUGAAUGCCCAGAUUUUCCAGCUCGCGGCGCUCGUCACCGAUCGCACGGCGUUCUGCGAUGCACGGCUCAAAUACAGCGAGCUCGAAGGAACAUACGGCAAGACCGAGCGGUGGCUCGGGCUGCCGAUCGCGAACCUGCUGUAUCUGUCGUCGCAUGCAGAGGACCCAACGUGGGCACAGACAGGUCUGCAAGCCAUUACAGUCGAGCUCGCGGCCUGGAUCAUCAGCGCCUGGGACGUAUCCAUGGAUGAUUUACUCAACUCGUUGCUGACAAGCAUCCACAAGAAUAUAUUCGAGCGAGGUAAGUGUUUGAUUGAACAGGAUACUCAAUUGCGAUUGACCUCGUCGCCGCUUCAAGAACCUCAGGCAAUCUCUGCUCAUUGGCGAGUCCUUUCUCGGCGCUAUGCCAAGCAGCUGACGGUGCCGACCGAUAUCGUCGCCGACGCGACUGCCCAUCUUCUCGAUUGCCUGCACGGCGUUCUGCGCCUCUCUGGCGCUCGGGGAGUCGGCAACAGCAGAGCGUGGGGCGCAGCGUACGCGGACAGGGCGCGGGACAUCGUCGUCCAGUGCAUGGCCAUCCAAAAGGCGAUUGGCGAGGACGUCGCGUCGAGCGACUUCCAGCUCAUCUGCCCUUCAGCCAACGUCGCCUUCGAUGCCGCGAGCAUGCAAGACGUGGACGAUUGUAGCCGCGUGUGA